AAAAAAUUGAGUGGACGUGGUUUUACUUCUUUCCACAAUAAUAUCUUCUCCUACAAUACUACUUAAAAUGGGUAGAGUUUUUCUAUAGAUCGAACACUUUACUUUGCUUAAUAGCCAUGACUACUGGUCACCCUAGUUUCAGUUAUGAUGUUUUCUUAAGUUUUCGAGGUGAAGAUACCCGUACAACUUUCACCGAUCACCUCUAUGCAGCCCUAACGCAGGCAGGAAUCCGCACUUUCAGGGACGAUGAUGCAAUGGACCGAGGAAGACUGCUAGGGCCAGAGCUGAACAAAGCGAUCCGUGAGUCUGCAAUUUCGAUCAUCGUCUUCUCUAGAAACUAUGCCUCUUCCAAGUGGUGUCUGGAUGAGGUCUUAACCAUCAUCGGAGAACAGGAGAGGAUUUCCUCUAAGCAUGAAGUGGUACCUGUGUUCUACAAGGUGGAGCCAUCGGAUGUCAGGAAUCAAACAGGAAGCUUUGCAGAGGCAUUUGGUGGGUAUGAUGAUAUGAUUGAGGCAGAAACAGAUCUCCAGAAGAAGAAUGAAUUGCUGGAAAAGGUCAAGGCGUGGAGGGAUUCACUUAGAAAAGCAGGAAGCUUGACUGGAAUGGUAUUAACUGCUAACGGACAUGAGGCCGAAUUCAUAGGUAAGGUUGUCAGUGUCAUAAGAACGAAACUCAACUGCAAGCUCUUGUACAUUGAAGAAAAACUAGUGGGAAUAGAGAAGAAUGUUGCUGAGAUCGAAUCAUGGUUGCAAGAUCCAUCACCUAACGCAGUUUUCCUUUUUAUUCAUGGAAUGGGAGGCAUCGGAAAAACAACCAUAUCCAAAUGCAUUUAUAACUCGAAUUACCAUGAGUAUGGUGGUAGUUGCUUUCUCGCAGACAUUCACCAGACCUCAAAGCAACCCAAUGGACUAUUGCGAUUGCAAACUCAGCUUCUCUCAACACUAUUAAAAAGUAACAAGGAAGAACUUAUAUGGAAUCUUGAUGAGGGAGUCAUUAAGGUUACAAAUGCAUUACACAAUAAAAAAGUACUUCUCAUCCUGGAUGACAUCUCAACAAGGCAACAACUAGCAACACUACUAGGGCCUCAACAGUUUCAUCAUGGAAGUAAAGUGAUCGUUACAACCAGGCACAAAGGGUUGUUUAAGUUUUUUGAAGUAAAUCCAAAGGUCCUUGCUAUUCAAGAGUUGGACCCCUAUGAUGCUUUAAAACUAUUUAGUUUGUAUGCCUUUCAUAGAGAUCAUCCUAUUGAACCCUACAUCCUCCAAUCAAACCUCGUAGUUCAUCACUGUAGAGGUCUUCCUUUGGCUCUUAAAGUAUUGGGUUCUUUUCUAUACGGAAUGACCCUCGAUGUGUGGGAAGAUGCAAUGCGUAAACUGGAAGCAGUUCCUAAUCAAGAGAUUCAAAAAGUUCUACAGCUGAGCUUUGACACUCUAGAUGAUACCAAAGAUAAAGAUUUAUUCCUACAUAUUGCUUGUUUUUUUGUGGGCGAGGAUAAAGAUUUUAUUGUAAAAUUGUUAGCUGAAUGCGAUCUUUACCCUGUAGUUGGGAUCAAGAAUCUAAUCGAUAGAUGUCUACUCUACAUUGAAGAUGGGAGAGUGAUGAUGCAUCAAUUAAUCAAGGAGAUGGGCCAAGAAGUUGUUCGCCAAGAAUCACCAAAGCAUCCGGGGAGACGAAGUAGAUUGUGGCACCAUCAAGAUUCGUUUAAUGUGUUGAAUGAAAAUGAAGGUACAAAGAAAGUAGAGGGACUUGCUCUUGAUAUGCAAAAGAUCAAGGAAUUUAAUUCAACUUCAAUUGUAAAGAUGAACAGUGGAAGAAAGCGUAGUUAUGAAGAUUUUAGUGGUUAUACAAAUAAAGAAAAUUUUAAGGUUGGAGCAAUAGAAAAGAUGAAGAACCUGAUGCUACUUCAACUCGACUAUGCAACUUUUUCUGGGAGCUACAAGAAAUUGCCCAAAAAGUUACGAUUGCUGCGUUGGCAUGGGUUUCCUUUAAAAUCCAUACCAGGUGAUGUACCUUUGCAGAAGUUGGUAGUUCUUGACUUACGUUAUAGCAAAUUAAAAGAACUCUGGGAUGGGUACAAGGUGGUUGGAUCCCUAAAAAUCCUUAAUCUCAGUUAUUCCAUGGAGCUAAUUAAAACCCCAGAUUUUGAUGGACUCCCUAGAUUAGAGAGUUUGCACCUAGAAGGAUGCUUAAGUUUGACUCAGAUUUGUGAAUCCAUAGGCUACCUUGAAAGACUGGUCUUAUUAGACAUAAGUGGUUGCAGAAGCUUGAAAGUCAUUCCAUGCUUACCAAGAUCUUUGGUAUCACUUAAAAUGUAUGGUUGCUCAAACCUUGGAGUUCUUGAGCAAGUUAAAUGCUUGGAUCCUGGUUCACUAUCUUCUCUUUUGGUAGAUAUUGAUGUCUCAGGAUGCAAUCUCUUUGAUACUUCUUUCCCAGAGGACUGGAGUAACCUCAUCUCAUUGAAGUUUUUAAAUAUAAGCCAAAAUAAUAUAACUUCAUUACCAGAGUGUGUCAAAAGUUUACCAAGUCUUAUACAACUCGGUGCUUAUGCGUGUUCGCAUCUUGAGUCAAUUCGAGAUCUCCCAAAAUCUGUAACACGCCUAAAUACCUUUGGAAAUACGUCCCUGGAAAUAGUGCAACCAACACCAAAUCCCUUAACCUUCAUGUCCACUAAUCGAUGUGAAAAACUGUUUGCAGUGGAGGGUUGUUUUAAGCUUCAAUCAAUCAAAAAAGUUGACAGAAAAAUUAUAAGAUAUCUGGGCUUAGAUUUAAUUUCAGAAAUUGGAAUGGGGUUCGAAAAUGCAUAUACAAAGGUAUCAUUUGAGUUUGGUAUAUUCACUACCUAUGUUUCAGGGAAAACACUUCCAUGUUUUAGAUAUAAAGAAACUGGAUCAACAGUAUCAUUUAGAGUUCCUUCACAUCCUAAUGGUUCAAGAACAAGCGGUCUGAAUGUGUGCUUCAUGUCCACUUCAAACUCCGAUAGACCAAUAAUUUCUGACGUUGAAGUCAAUAACAAGACAAAGGUCUUGGUAUGGAAAUACAAUCCUACAGUACAAGUACGUAAGAGAAAGUGUAUGUCUAAUUACGUUUGGUUAAGCCUUUGGCGGAUUGGCAAUCUACUGGAUGAUGGGGACGAAAUUGUUGUAACCAUCAGGCUGCUUGGAAGUGAUAUAGUAGGGGGAUGUAGUGUAGAACUUGUGUAUGACGAUGAUAAUGAAGUUGGGGAGGAUAACCAAGAGGAAAUUAAUGAAGAAAGAAAGGACACUCAUGGCAUGUCCAAUCACAUUUCAUGGACUGACAGACUGCAAGUAGAGAUAUCAGAUUAUGUUCAUAGUGGGAAAACAUAUUGUUUUAAGAUUGGUGGUCCAAUGGACGUUCCUUAUAUAGAUGGUAUCUCUGAUUUACAUGUCGAUUGGUGGGGUCUACGGGCAGACUGGAGGUGCAGAAGAGUUUUAGCAGAUUCUAGUUUGCUGCUACAAGUUCCCUACUCAUGAAGAUACUCAAAACUAAUGCACUAGCAGUACCAAAGACCAAAGAUGUGCUGAGUAAUGCUGCGACCAUCACCCUGUAACUGUAACAAACAAAAGUUGCAAACUGCAUCUGGCAGAUCAGAAGAUAGUGUUUGAUUGUUCUUUUGUUGUCAUUCAAAUCAUAUUGUGAUUUCAUGGUAUAGCGUGUUUUAUAAAGUUCCAUGGUUUAUGUUGUAGAAUUGGGAGAUUCAGGGUUUUGUAUAGGAAUAAGGUUUAUUGAUGAAAUCGGAUGGGAAAAUUAGAUAAA